ACUCUCUUCUCUGCAUUGCAGGGAGAAUCGGGAAGAAAAUUCCAUAUAAUACCUAAGAAGAUCCAAAACAUUUUUAGAAAAUCUGGAGUUUAUGUGUGUUCUCGAGGAGAGCCAGUACCUGAUGUAUGGAAAGCAAAAAAAUCCAUAAUGGAUGAAAAAUAUAAAACAGAUAAUUUCUAUGCUGUGUCUUCUGAGCAUAGAAAUUCUAUUCCUAAGGCUACUGCUGAUCGUGAAGCUUCCACCUCUACUGCUGACAGCCUGGAUGCUGCCGAGCCUGACCCAACAAAUUCUACAAAUGCUACUGACUGUCUGGCUGCUCUUGAGCGUGAGCUGACUAAUUCCAACAACACUGCUGACUGUCUGGCUGACCUUGAGCCUGAUCCGACGAUUUCUACCAAUGCCGCUGACUUUCAGGCUGCUGUUGCACCAGAGCCAACUAUGUCCACCCACCCUGCUGACUGUCUGCCUGAUGUGGAACCAGAGCCAACUAUGUCCACCCACCCUGCUGACACUCUGGCUGCUCUUGAGCCUGAGCUGACUACUUUCAACAACACUGCUGACUGUCUGGCUGACCUUGAGCCUGAGCCAAACAUGUCCACCCACCCUGCUGACAGUCUGCCUGAUGUGGAACCAGAGCCAACUAUGUCCAAUCACCCUGCUGACACUCUGGCUGCUCUUGAGCCUGAGCUGACCAAUUUCAACAACACUGCUGACUGGCUGGCUUACCUUGAGCCUGAUCCGAGUAUUUCUACCAAUGCCGCUGACUUUCAGGCUGCUGUUGCACCAGAGCCAACUAUGUCCACCUACCCUGCUGACUGUCUGCCAGAUGUGGAACCAGAGCCAACUAUGUCCACCCACCCUGCUGACACUCUGGCUGCUCUUGAGCCUGAGCUGACUAAUUUCAACAACACUGCUGACUGUCUGGCUGACCUUGAGCCUGAUCCGACUAUUUCUACCAAUGCCGCUGACUGUCGGGCUGCUGUUGCACCAGAGCCCGCUAUGUCCACCAACCCUGCUGACAGUAUGGCAACUGUUGAGCCUGAGCCGACUAUGUCCACCCACCCUGCUGACAUUCUGACUGCUGACGAGCCUGCACAUAAUACUUCUACCAAAGCUGCUGACUGUCUGGCUGACCUUGAGCCUGAGCCAAACAUGUCCACCCACCCUGCUGACAGUCUGCAUGAUGUGGAACCAGAGCCAACUAUGUCCAAUCACCCUGCUGACACACUGGCUGCUCUUGAGCCUGAGUCCACUAAAUCCUCCAAUGCUGCUGACUGUCUGGCCUAUGUUGAGCCAGAGCCAGCUAUGUCCACCCACCAUGCCGACAGUCUGGCUGCUCUUGAGCAUGAGCUGUCUCAUGCCAACAAAGAUGCUGACUGUCUGGCUUCUCUCAAGGCUGAGCUGAUUAAUUCCACCAAUGCUACUGAUUGUCUGGCUUCUGUUGGGACUGAGACAACCAUGUCCACCCAGCCUACUGACAAUUUGGCAGCUGUUGAGCCUGAACAUAAUAAUUCCACCAAUACUGCUGACGGUAAGGACUCUGUUGAACAAGAGCCAGCUAAGCCCACCUACCGUGCCGACAGUCUGGCUGCUCUUGAGCAUGAGCUGACUAAUUCCAACAACACUGCUGACUGUCUGGCUUCUCAGAAGGCUGAGUCAAUUGAUUCUACCAAUGCUACUGAUUGUUUGGCUUCUGUUGGGACUGAGACAACUAUGUCCACCCACCCUGCUGACAAUAUGGCUACUGAUGAGCUUGAGCCUACACAUUCCACCAAUGCUGCUUACUUUCUGGCCGCUCUUGAGCCCCAGUCCACUAAUUCCUCCAAUGUUGCUGAUAUUCUGGCUUUUGUUGGGUCUGAGACAACCAUGUCUACCCACCUUGCUGAUAUUCCUAUUGCUCACGAGCCUGACUAUAAUGAUUCUACCAAUGCUGCUGACAGUCUGGACUCCGUUGAGCCAGAGCCAGGUAUGUCCACCCACCGUGCCGACAGUCUGGCUGCUCUUGAGCAUGAGCUGUCUCAUGCCAACAAAGCUGCUGACUGUCUGGCUUCUCUCAAGGCUGAGCCAACCAUGUCCACCCAGCCUGCUGACAGUUCGGCAGCUGUUGAGCCUGAGCCUACAAUUUCCAUCAGAGCUGCUGAUUGUCUGGCUAAUGUUCUGCCUGAGCUAACUAUGUCAACCCACCCUGCUGGCUGUCUGGACUCUGUUCAGCUUGAGUCAUCUAUGUCCACACACCCAGCUGAUAAUAUGGCUACUGAUGAGCUUGAGACUACAAAUUCGACGAACGCUGCUUACUGUCUGGCUGCUCUUGAGCCUGAGUCGACUAAAUCCUCCAAUGCUGCUGACUGUCUGGCCUAUGUUGAGCCAGAGCCAGGUAUGUCCACCCACCGUGCCGACAGUCUGGCUGCUCUUGAGCAUGAGCUGUCUCAUGCCAACAAAGCUGCUGACUGUCUGGCUUCUCUCAAGGCUGAGCCAACCAUGUCCACCCAGCCUGCUGACAGUUCGGCAGCUGUUGAGCCUGAGCCUACAAUUUCCAUCAGAGCUGCUGAUUGUCUGGCUAAUGUUCUGCCUGAGCUAACUAUGUCAACCCACCCUGCUGGCUGUCUGGACUCUGUUCAGCUUGAGUCAUCUAUGUCCACACACCCAGCUGAUAAUAUGGUUACUGAUGAGCUUGAGACUACAAAUUCGACCAACGCUGCUUACUGUCUGGCUGCUCUUGAGCCUGAGUCGACUAAAUCCUCCAAUGCUGCUGACUGUCUGGCCUAUGUUGAGCCAGAGCUAGGUAUGUCCACCCACCGUGCCGACAGUCUGGCUGCUCUUGAGCAUAAGCUGUCUCAUGCCAACAAAGAUGCUGACUGUCUGGCUUCUCUCAAGACUGAGCUGAUUAAUUCCACCAAUGCUACUGAUUGUCUGACUUCUGUUGGGACUGAGACAACCAUGUCCACCCAGCCUACUGACAAUUUGGCAGCUGUUGAGCCUGAACAAAAUUCCACCAAUACUGCUGACGGUAAGGACUCUGUUGAACAAGAGCCAGCUAAGCCCACUUACCGUGCCGACAGUCUGGCUGCUCUUGAGCAUGAGCUGACUAAUUCCAACAACACUGCUGACUGACUG